AGUAGUAAAAAGUACUCAUAAUCAUAAGCACAUGUACAAUUUGUAUCUGUUAAUUAUUUGGGAAACUGCAUGUCUUGUGUAUUCAUCUGUUCGCUCGCCCGUUGUGCCAUUUGACUCUCGCUGAUCGGAAGUUACUGCAGAGUUUCGUCCCACCUCUGUAGUCUUGCGGUACAGUUUCGGGAGUAUUCGCAAAUUGCUGGUUGUUGUAAGGCGCUGUGCUGAAGAACACACCGAACAGCCUCAGCAAUGCAGCAGCCAACCAGUGCUCGGUUUUACUUCAACCAGUCAGGCAACAGCCAUGCAGCGUACGAUGCAGCGACCGUUGCCGACUUCUGUGGUGUUGCACCCGAUACUGCCCUGGAUGAGGAGAGUUCAAGUGUCCUACAUGACUUUACUGAGAUGGAGCGUAUGGGUCUGCCGACUCACUUCCUUCCAAACCCACUCAGUGAGACCAAGACUACCUUCAAGACGAGGCAGCGGGGUGGCUUCAAGCCGAACAGCAGAGGUGGCUUUGACCAUCACGGAGGAUGUAACUUGAAUAGAAAGAGGUCGAGCGGCGCCAGCAGGCCGCCCAAGCCUGACCCGGAAGUUGUGUAUGCUGCCGGUAUGCCUGGUAGAUGGACAGCAACACAAUCUAGCAAGCCGCUGGACGUGUUAUGGCAAAGCGAAUGGAGUUCAGAAUACGUACCCAAAGUGGAGACGUACUGGCUUGAGGUGAUCUCCACGUGGCAUCAGAGUAACUCCACGGCGGCAUUGCGUGCCAAGACAGCAGGAGUGAGCACUCCCAGCUCUCCUCCGUCCACCACCUCUGCUAGUAGCAGUGCUACGAGUGCUGGUGCUGCAACUUCUAAUGGUUCAGGAGUGGCUGGCAGCGUGGAAGAUGCUAAGCGCCAUUGUGUGGCGGGCGACGAGGAUCAAAACAAAGCAUCAAGCCCAUCUGAUGCGGAGCCCGGUCACUCCUCCUCACCAACAGUAUCAUCAGUCGAUACUUGUGGCAGUGCUUCACUUGGCCAGGACGGCAUCAAAGAAUGGCACGACAUUCUGGAUUCGGGCGAGACCGUCGAGAAGGUCUGGUCUCAUUUCUACCUUUCUCAGUAUGAGGCAUGGCGUGAGGUGUGGAUGUCUGAGCAGAAAGAGAAGCUUCAAGUUGGCAUUGACGUGUUGAGUUUACUGAGAGACGACAGUGAUGAGGACAAUGAAGACUGUGAUGGCAACUCAAUGGAAGGUGAAGACAUUACUGAGGGCAUGCCGGAUGCGGCCACACUGAUUUCGAAGAGAACAAGCGACAUGGAGGACGGCGAACUGAGCGACUCCGAUCCAGAGCAAAAAGACUGCAUACUGACGUCUUCCAAGUACGUAGCGUCUUCUUCCGUGUCUGGUGACGUGUCUCACUCUGAUGGUGAUGAUGAUGACGAUGAUACGUUUGACGGUAGUAGUGAUGGUGAAGAACUAGUCGUUGAAACACCAAUGGACGAUAGUGACCUAGGAGGUAUGUUUGCACGCAUUAGUCCUCAGCCCGGUGAUGACGGUGGCGAAGACGAGGAUGCCGAUGGCGAUGAUGGUGAGUAUUACGAUGAAGAACAAGAGGAUGGUGAUUACGAGGCGGAGAACGGAGCAGCAGGAGAGCAUGGUGAUGAUGGUCCGAAUGCUGAUGAGCGGCGUACUCGCUCAACUGAUAAGCCGGCCGAUGCUUUGCAAGAAGGAAGCAUGGAAGCUGCACCAGAACGACCCAGCAAACGCAGAAGAUCUGAAGGUGCCAAGGAUGAUUGUGAAUCAUCAAAGCGUGUGCGCACUGUCAGCUCAUCAAGCUCAACGAUAGCUGUCUCGCCGUCUUCAUCGCUCGCGCAUGUAAAAGAGUUUCUAUCCGGCACCAGCAAGCUGCCCGUGGCGCCAGUACCUGAUGUGUCAUCACUUCCAUCAUCCGAGCCACCGCAGCAGCAGCAGCAGAAACGCAGUGGUCGUCAGAUCCAGACCUAUCCUGAGGCUCCGUGGCUUGCCGAGGAUGAAAGCGAAACCACUGGGAGCAGUCAGACGCAAUUGAAAAAGAAGAAAAAGAAGAAGAGGCGACAGACCGGAGCAAAACUACAGCGUGGACCCAGCGACACCUCUCUGAACAAAUUCUGGAGUCAGCGUUACCGUUUUUUCUCGCGAUUUGACGAUGGCAUCGAGCUUGAUGAUGAGAGCUGGUAUUCGGUGACUCCGGAGAAGAUUGCAGAGCACAUUGCUGAGCGAUGCCAGUGCGAUCUCGUCGUGGAUGCUUUCUGUGGUGCUGGCGGUAACACCAUCCAGUUUGCUUUCACCUGCGAGAGGGUUAUUGCUAUUGAUAUUGAUCCAGUGAAGAUUGAGUACGCACGGCACAAUGCUGCUGUGUACGGUGUGGAAGAUCGUAUCGAGUUCAUUGUGGGUGACGUCUUUGAUAUUCUGCCAAACCUGAAGGCCGAUGUCGUUUUCUUCAGUCCCCCGUGGGGUGGACCAGCCUAUCUCAAUGCUGAUGAGUAUGACCUGUUCAAGAUGCUGCCAGUGGAUGUCACCCGCUUGUUUGCGAUGUCGAGCCAGAUCACGAAGAACAUUGUAUUCUACGCACCGCGUAAUACCUGCAUCAACCAUUUCAAGCAGCUUGCCAGUAUUGUGCAAAGCCGAGUGGAUGUAGAACAGAACUUCCUCAACGGCAAGCUGAAAGUGCUGACUGCGUACUUUGGAGAGCUCGUGGACUUUGUGCCGAGCGCGGAGGACAACUCCGAGGAGGUAGUGCCUGCGUCGUGAAUACGUUCUACCCUCCCCCUGUAUAUUAUCCUGUCUUGUUACUACACAAACACUUUCUUAUUGGUGGCUUCAGCGGAAAUCAUGCAUUCCCUAGGACGAUUUUUUUUUACAACACUUUUGCUGGCAAAAUUAGUCUUGCUUCCAAUGUCUCUUGUUUGCUUUAUCUAAGUCUUCUAAAAUUUCUAACUCCUGUCCAUUCAGCUUACGUAAGUCUUCUAAAAUUUCUAACUCCUGUCUGUCUAUUCAGCUUACGUACAACUUUAAAGUUCUGUCCAUUAGUCAUUUCCUGUGGAAACUUCACCAAAGGCGUGCCUUUUA